AGUGACUGACGGGGCAGUGUCGGGGCUGUGGUUUGAGAAGCGGUUCCGCGGCGAUGGCGGAAAACAUCAAAACCGGAAUCUUCGCAAAAAACGUUCAGAAACGGCUGAGCCGCGCCCAGGAAAAGGUGCUUCAGAAGUUGGGUAAAGCAGAUGAAACUCGAGAUGAACAGUUUGAAACAUUUGUACAGAACUUCAAAAAGCAGGAGACUGAAGGCAGUCGACUACAGAGAGAAUUACGAGGUUACCUAGCAGCAGUGAAAGGCAUGCAGGAAGCCUCCACGAAGCUCACAGAGUCACUACACGAGGUCUAUGAGCCUGAAUGGUAUGGCAAAGAUGACAUUAAAACUGUUGGGACGCACUCUGACUCACUAUGGGCAGACUUCCAUCAGAAGGUGGUGGAUCAGUCUUUGUUAACCCUGGACACAUAUCUGGGCCAAUUUCCUGAUAUCAAGACUCGCAUUGCAAAGCGUAGCAGGAAGCUGGUGGACUAUGACUGUGCGAGACAUCACUUAGAAUCUCUGCAGCACUCAAGACGAAAAGAUGACUCCAAGCUCACUAAGGCAGAAGAGGAGUUUCAAAAGGCACAGAAGGUCUUUGAAGAUCUAAAUAAUGACCUACAAGAUGAGCUGCCGGCAUUGUGGACCAGCCGGGUCGGUUUCUAUGUGAACACCUUCAAAAACAUUUCGUGUAUAGAGUCGAAAUUUCACAAGGAGAUUGCAGUGCUCUGCCAUAAGCUGUAUGAAAUAAUGAGUAAACUUGGAGAGCAGCACGCUGACAAGGCAUUUACAAUUCAAGGAGCACCCAGUGACUCGGGUCCACUUAGGAUUUCCAAGACCCCGACCCCACCAGAAGAGGCAUCACCAAUUGGUAGCCCCGAGGCCAGCCCUAACCACACGCUGGCGCCUGUAGCUGCAUCACCAGCUCAUAGUCCAGCUCGUCCCAAAUCCCCAUCUCAGCUGAGAAAAGGACCUCCAGUUCCGCCACCUCCAAAACUCACCCCCACAAAGGAGCUGCACCAGGAGAACAUUAUCAACUUUUUCGAGGACAAUUUUGUUCCUGAGAUCAGCGUAACCAGUCCAUCACAGCCGGAGCAGCCUGCAGUUCAACCCAUUGAGUCAUUACUAGAUCUGGACUUUGAUCCUUUCAAACCAGAUCAUGUAACACCCAUAGGAAGAAGUCAGUCACCCAUCUCUCAGACCCUGCCUUGGGAUUUGUGGGAGGCAAACACUGAACUGGUGCAACCUAUGACUAAUGCUGCCUUUAAUGGAUUCACACAGCUGGAUGCUGCCACCACUGAGGUAACCCCCGAGGUGUCUAACCAGAGUGUGUUUGAUACAGUGAUCAACCCAGAGCCCACUCCUGCAGAAGAACCCAAGGCCCCCGAGCCACAUCCAGAGAAGCCGCAGGAUGUUCUUCCUGCUGAGCCCAGUGUACCAGCGGAGGAAGUGGUGGUUGUGGAGAGUAAGGAGUCUGAGGUGCAGGAGUCAGCUGUGAGUGCUGUGACUGAGAGUACUGAGGAGAGUAAAGAUGCAGAGGUGCAGGAGUUAGCUGUAAGCACUGUGACUGAGAGCGCUGGGAAUUUGGUGCCUGAGCCUGAGGCUGAAAAAGACAAGAUACAUGCUGAAGACUCAGAGGCAUCACAGGAAAAGGUUGUGCUUCCUUCGGUGGUCAUUGAGCCGGCAUCAAACAGCGAGACUGAGGCUGAAGGUACUCUGAGCAUUGUUGAGAAUGAAACUCCAGAGUCACAAGAAGACCACACACAAGACAAGGAUAUGAAGUCAGAUGUGGAUCCCAGUGCACAGGAGAUGAAACCAGUGGAGGAGGUGAAGCCAGAGCAGGAGGUCAAACCAACACAAGAGGUCAAGCCGGCCGGAGAAGAGGUCAAGCCGGCCGGAGAAGAGGUCAAGCCGGCCGGAGAAGAGGUCAAGCCGGCCGGAGAAGAGGUCAAGCCGGCCGGAGAAGAGGUCAAGCCGGCCGGAGAAGAAGUCAAGCCGGCCGGAGAAGAGGUCAAGCCGGCUGGAGAAGAGGUCAAGCAGGAUGGACAAAAAGUCAGUGUAGGAGCCCCGAGCGCUCCUCAGCAGCAAAGUGAGCCUAAAACUGAAGUUGGAGGGGUGCAAGGCAUGCCUGCUAAUUUUCAGUUUAAGGUUAAAGCACUCCAUAAUUUUGAUGCUGCCAGUGAAGAUGAGCUUAACAUGGAGCCAGGAGACAUUGUUCUGGUGAUUCUAUCAGACAAAGUAGAAGAGCAGGAUGCUGGCUGGCUUUUGGGCAUAAAGGAGUCUGACUGGUUACAAUACGGUGAUGCCAAGGGCCAUAAGGGACUGUUUCCAGAGAAUUUCACACAGCGACUGGAAUAAGCAUCAGCUGCUGUCUAUGGCUAUGUGGAAUUGUUCAAUUAUAGCAGGACUUCUCUGACCAAACCACGUGGUCCCCACAACACACACUUGUGUCCUUGGAAGUUUAAUGGUUUACAAAACAUUAAUAUCAGAGUCUAAAAGAGAUAUACAGCAACAAAAAGAGCACUCAGUGAAUACAAGAGUGCAGGUGUCUAUUAGCUGAAGGAAAAAAGCAUGACAAUGGCCCAAACGUAAUUAUUAAUUUGAAAAUAAUUGUUUAUCUAAAUGCAAUAUGUAAUUGUGCUUUAAUGGAGUUCUGGUGAUCCUGUGUAUGAUCCCUUGCUAUCACUUAAUGCCAGUGUAACUGUUGGGCAACAAAUUUAUCUUUUUGCACUGAGCAUAGCGUGUGAAUUUGUUGCACUGCAUCAGAAUUAAGGUAGUGUAUCACGUAGUCAAAUAUCUAUAAACUUAUUAACCUUUGAUAUGUUACUGAAAAUUGCUGCCGGUUGUUUUUAUUUAUAUGAUGUUGCUGGAAAGUUUGCCUUUUCAGUGAUGCGGUGUAGGUGACCCUGCUUUGAAAUGUAUCUCCUUUCGAGUCUCCUUGCCACGUGCAUUUGUUGUUCCUUGUCACCAGCAGUCUGCUGUUGACUCUGUUUCCAAACAAAUCGGUUUUGCUUCAUUGCCAAAAUAAACUUGAGAAAUUGUACUUGUAAUGUAUUGUGCAUUAAAGUUUUAAAAUUAUACAAUUUAAAGUGCAGUAUGAUCUUCUGGGGCAAGAGUUUGCCAGUUCCCCCAACUGGCUGGUAACCUGCUGCUUUUCACUCUCCUAUAUAACCAAACCACAAAAUAACAAGACGUUUGCAGCUCCUUAAAAGGCUGAGUAUAAUCCAACCCUUUUAUGUCAGUUAUUUAACUAUAAGCUCGGUUUAUCUUUCAAGGAACAACUAUAGCAUUCUGAACAAAUGUGACAAAAUAAGUAAAAUAUUAAUGAUGUCCAUGUCAUUUAAGUACUGUAUCAAUGUGCUGUUCUGUGAUCAUUGCUAUUCAUAUUUCAUUACACUGACUGAAAUAAAAAAUAUUACCAUU